AUGUUAGUCGUUAUCGAUGGUACUAGACAACUAAAAAACCAUCACUCCAGACAUUUAAAAGAGAUACUUCAAACACUCUACUUCUGCGUGUCUUUACUGAAUGACUUCAUCGGAACAAACGAAUCGACGCCAAAACGGACUCCUCUUAUACGCACAAUAAAGGACGUGUUAUUCAGCGUCGCUUUCCCUAUAGCGCUCUACGUCUCAGUCGCCUUCUGGGGUAUCUACGCUAUCGACAAGCCGCUGGUGUUUCCUGAAAUAUUAGAGAAAAUCUUCCCUGCCUGGCUCAACCACACCAUGCAUACAUUUAUCACAAUGUUCUUGGUUAUUGAAUUGUUGGUGACUAAGAGGAACUACCCAUCUAGAAUGACCGGCAGUACUAUAACGACGCUGUUCGUUGUGGCGUAUGCAGUGUGGAUGCACGUUUUACAUGCGAGAACUGGCGCGUGGCCAUACCCAAUUUUCGACGUCCUCAAUCUCCCAAUGAGACUAAUAUUUUGCGCAUUUAGCACAAUUUUGGGUUUAGGUAUUUAUGUGCUUGGCGAAAAAUUAAAUUCUAUAUUAAGCCCGAUUUCAAUACAAUAUUACAGAAAUGGUACAUCAAAAAAAUUAAAAUAA